AAUAAACCUUUGUCUCCCAAAGGGUGUUCCAUGCAGAUUUCCGAUUAAACUGUAUAAUUAUGCAAAUUGAUAAUGUGUACGUAUAUUUAUAUUUUCAGACUGUUCAGACGAAAUCAAGACCAAAGAAAGAAUAUCAAGUGCCAAAGAACCAGUCGUAAAUUCCAAAGAAAUCCUACAUAGUCAGAAUGUCUCCGGACAAACAGAUGAAAGCCUUAUCAAGUCAAGUACCUCAGUGACAAUGACUAGACUGCAAGCUUCUGGGCAUACUCCAUGGAUCGUGUACAGUUUGGUAGUGAUUGCUGUGUGCUGCACACUGGGUAUGGUUGUGAUAUAUGGGGCAGCAGGAUUCAAACAUAGCAGAAAUGAUUUACCAGUCCUCAAGUUGACCUUUCCUGGCGAUAAACAUAUAAGACACAUACGAUCAUACUCAGAAGAGCCCAGUAUUAGAGACGUCAGCAUGAACAAAGAGAACAAAGGUUCAGGUCUUCUCACAAGGCUACAACUCUUAGAUUUGUCUCCAGAUUGCCGCAGUAACCUGACUGCAUGUCAGGCCCAUGCUCUGUGUGACACAGACAGCCCAGGGGGCGACUUCAGAUGUAGGUGUAGGCGGGGCUACUUCCUGAAGGACCUGUCCUGUAUACCUUGUCAGACAUCUUGUAAAGAAGGACAUUUUAUGGAGAAACAGUGUAGUGCCAAUGGUGAUGUUAUUUGUAGAGAAUGUACACAGUGUGUUGGGAGCUCAUAUGAGGUUGCUGUCUGUACCUCAACACAAGAUACCAUCUGUAUAGACGUCACAUUUCCUUUGAAGCAGUUUCAGUCAAAUGCUCUUCCUGUUGAAGAUCUGGUGAGUUGGAAUGUGACACUGUCAAAAAAUGUGUUUCUUGAAAGACUACAGUCAAUUAAGAAACUGGAGACCACUUUGUACUUGUCCAGCAAUAAACAAGCUCUACAGUUUGUGUGGAGGAGACCAAAUUCAGGUUUGGAGAUUCAUGUGAAGGCAUCUGAUGUGUACCUUAUACCAGAAUAUGUUGAUGUAGACCAUAAGGAUCAUGAUGAUGAGGAAUUUGUCAUGAAAGCCAAUACUUUUCCAGAGGACAUCAAAAACUUACUAAGAUCAAUUAGAAGAAGCCAUUGCAGGCACCCUUUAACAGAGGAGUAUGAACUUAAAUUAGACAUUGCUAAGAAUAUUGCCACCCCUGCCAGGGAGUUUCCGUGUGAUUCUAGAAAAAAAAGCCCAAAAUGCCCUGACGGUUAUAAAGAUGGUGACAUCUAUGUUUUUCAGAGACUUGAUAGACUGUGUCCUAAGGUUGACACAAGCAGAAGUCAGCCUUUUGGAUAUUUAUCAAACAAUAUUCUUUGUUCUGGGAACACAGAAAUGUUGAAAUCAAUCUUCAAUAUGGAGGUAGAUGAUCCGACCUUUCUUAACUUCCCGAGUGAAGAGUGCAAAAAAAGUGAAGAGAAUUGUGGAAGAUGUUUGUCAAGGGAUGCUUGUGACAGGGGUUCAAAUUUAACCGACUGUUGUAACAUUGGCUGCCAUCAGUUAACAGACUGUAAAAGAUAUUUCUCGGCUCAGUGCCCAAACGCACCUAUAGAAUGUGCAAGGGGGGACAUAACCAAGUUCGGUAUCAUGCCAAGAUAUCCUAGCCUCAUGAGUCAGUUUUCCUGCCAUCUGCGCCACAGUCCGCCACAAUACCUCUACCAACUUUCGUACGAGGUGAAAAUACCCAGCAUGCAAGAUUUUAGUCUCGGAACUCGUAAGAAGAACAUACUGUACAGGGACUUCUUGGACCAAAAUAGUACAGAUUUAGUGGAUUACCUUAUAAUGAGGCACCAUACAGAAACCAAAUAUGAUGAUGAAGUGAUUCUUACGGGCAGAUUUAGAAAUCGCGACCCAAAUAACGUCGAGGAGUAUACCUUACAUAAACUGAAAACCCCGCACACUUUUGAUCGUUACCCUGGCUACAACCUUAUACAUCGAGGUCGGAAUAAGUUUCACACAAGAAUUCAGUUCGAAACUCCGUUUUUGUACUCAACUGACAAUUGGAGGGAGUACAACUGUUCUUUUAACGUGUCGAAGAUUUAUCCAGCUCAGCCUAUAUACGAGAAUUAUGGGAGAUUAGUUAAACCUGUUGAUAUCAAGAAGAGGGACGGGAAGUUUAAUUACCAGAUUCUAUCGGAAUCCACUACACCACACACAAGAUUUUAUAUUCAAGAGGAUACAUCCAUCUUGUCCUACUAUCGGGACACAUACCAAUCAGUUAGAAUCAAUCCAUGGGACUUACAGGGAUCCAUGAGCUGGGAUCCAGACACUUAUCAAUGGAAUAUAACUCUAACAGGUUCUUUAACAGCAUGCCCUGGAAUCUUCACGCUAGAAAUCUACACGGCUAAUAUGGCCACGCGACUUGUUGUGUACGACAUGGUUAUAAACUGUCCGCAGGAAUUCUCAGCAAGUUUUGAAAUUAAAAGGAACUCUGUAGAUUUUGUUGACAUUUUUGUCGCUGUGCUUAACGAUUCGGUCUCAAGUUACAGGACAGUUCUUUCAUCUGUCCAAGGACCACAAUAUUUUAAGGCUGCGGCUGCUAAGGCAGUUGCUAUGGAGACUGGAGAAACGCCACCAUGGCCUCCGAUGGUGAUUAUAGUAGCAGUAUGCUUCUGUGCCUCAGUUGUACUGAUAAUGCUGUAUUUAUACUGUGAUAAAAAGAAGUCCAAGUUCAUUCCGACCGAUAUAACGGUACCGAAACCGGACUUAGGACCUCAAAUUACGCUCUUACAGAGUAUUGACAAAGUAAACAAGGAGCAAGGACUAACAAUUCACACAAAGUUUAUUAUGAUGACACUUGUUGUGUUAUAUGUCAUAUAUGCACUAAUGUUCUCUUUCACGGCAUUGUUCGCCUUGUUUCACGUGAUACAAGGUCCGAAUCUAGGUCAAGUGACUCUUACUACAAAUACAAGCGAGCAAGUGCAGUUUCAAAUGCAGAGAACAUUAGAUACUAUAAUUGAAUAUGAAAAUAAAGAACUGGACCGUUUGUUGAGAUUAACUGAACAGCGAAUUACUGCUUGUAGUAAUCAUAUGAAAUCCUCGCUACGUACUGACGUACCUAGUGGAAAUCAUGAACUUCGUCGAGUAUUGUUAACUUUAUUCCGUAAUAAUGGAACAGUAGAUAAGAAACUGUCAGAGUAUUUUCACAACAGACAGUCUUUCUAUCAAAAUGAGAUUAGUAAAUUUUUAGAUGAAUUUAACCGAACACUUGAUACAAAGUUACACAAACUUCAAAUAUCAUAUUUGUCGUAUUUAAAAUCAGUAGCAGAAAACCCGUGGUUUACGGUCCCGAAGGAAAUUUUUAUGCAGCAGCAGAUAUUAAGCGGACGCCCGAUUAGAAAGAUUACUGAUGAUUUACCAGGGUUUCUAACUUGGCUGGAAAUUGAUAAAGUACAAGAAUUGUUUGAAAUGAAGGACAUGAUUAUGACCAGGCUUUUGAAGAUGAUGCCAAGUGUGGACUUUACCCACUUGGUGAACAAAACAGAGAACUUUGAUCCAGCAUCAGUUAACGUUGAUUUCAAACCAUCAGAAAACACGUUUAAAUUUUCAUAUAACAACCCUGACUACAUAUCGAGCUGGAACUUUGACGACGACUUGGCAGCAUUUCCGACUGUAAAACCUUCCCCCAAAAGAAAUAAACUCCAUAUUUCCAAUAUUAAAGGAAUAAUUUAUCCAGUAUUCAUUUGUGCAUUUUUACUGUUAGAUAGUCUUCUGCUUAUUUACCGCUUUUCAUGGAUGGUGAAAAGUUUGAAAAUGUUCAAGACUGGUUUAGAGGAGAGAAUUCCGUACGAUUCAAUGACGCGCAAGAUAUAUUUUAUAUUGACGGGGAAGGAGGUGCCCCGGCCUGAAGACAGUCUCGACCAUCCAUAUGAUUACUAUAUGCAUAAUAAGGAAAAUAUAUGGGGAGAUAAUACUGAACUAUAUUUCAUGUAUUGUACUGGUACGACAAAAGCCAAAGAGGAAAUUUUAAGGGAAAUUUGGCAUCACAAACAACAGCGUAAUCCGAAACAAGAGGAAAAACCCAGUGAUAAAAACUGCUUACUUAGUUACUUUAUAAGUUGUAUGAAAUCUUUGUAUAGAUUACUUAUUUCUCCCGUUUUCUGGAGAAUGGUAUUCAUAUGUGGAUUUGUGUUAAUUUUAUUCCUUGUUGCCAAGGCAACCAAUGACCUUGUUACUCUAGAGUCAGCCAUGUUUUUAUUGGACACUGGGGCGAUGUUGCCCAUUCUGGAACGUCAGAAUGACAUAACAAACACUGUUAUAUCGGAGUAUGGCUCUUACCUCAAUGACUUUCUAGUUGGUUACAAGGAGAAGUUAGAUGGCGAGGUACAGACUAUUAACAGUUUACUCCUCAAUGUUGCAGAACGACAAAAUAUGCUGCUGAAUACAAUGAUCUCAGAUAUGUGCAAUUUAGCGGGACUUGACGCUUGCACCGACGGAACAAAUCUAGUCACAAUGUCCUUAACCUCGUGUAAUUUCUUGCCAAUACAUUCUAAAAUGUUUGAAGGUUUUCAAAAGUCAGUGCUUCUAGAAUAUAUUCAGAAGGAGUUGUCCCCCUUGGUCCUGAAUCUGCGAAGUAUUUUAUUUAGUUCCAUGUACUUACUUCUCACGUGCGCAGCUGCAAUGUUACUGUGUCAGAUAACUGCACGUGUAAUCUAUAUCCAUUUGAAAAACUCGCGGCACGUGAAAAUUACCAAAAUUUAUCAGUUGCCAAGCAGCGUUAACGACCAGUGGCAGGACACCCAUUCUUUGCGAGAGAAGGAAAUGUAUAACAGUCAAUCUGUGAUUGCAGAGAGUUGCGAGAGCGGUGUUUAUGAUAUGACAAAUUAGAUGAAUUAAAAUUUAAUGUUCCAUAGUUGUAUUGUUCAAGGUGAUAAUUGUAAAUUCAGAGUGAUGUAGUAAGCAUGGUGAUAAUUCUUAAUCGAGCUUGAAAAAAAAGAGCAAAGAAUCUGGUGAUAAAAUUGAAUUGAAAUAAAUGAUACACUGUGUUUGAUUUGGGUGAUAAUGUUAAACUGAAGUAAUGGUACAUUGUGUUUGAUUUGGGUGAUAAAUUUGAAUUGAAAUUAUGAUACACUGUGUUUGAUUUGGGUGAUAAUUUUGAACUGGAAAAAUGGUACACUGUGUUUGAUUUGGGUGAUAAUUUUGAAUUGAAAUUAUGAUAGAAAUUAUGAUGCACUGUGUAUGAAUUUGGUGAAUUUUUUUAUAUGAAAUUUGGUGAUAAUUUUGAAAUGAUGCUAAAACAAUGGUACAGUAUGUAACAAUUAUUUUAGUAAAGCUUUUGUGAAGUGUUAAAAUAUUACAGAGUCAGUUAAUCAAAUUUUUUAGACUUAAGUGAAUCAUUUAAUAUCAUUUAAUACAUUCGUACAUGAUUCAAAUAGUUUUCUCAUUCAUAUAAAUAAAAUGUAAGCCUUUGAGUAUUAUAUGCAUACAUUAUAUUGUUAAGAAAGGGAACAUUUACCAUAUUUUUGCCAUUUAACGCCCCAGAGAGUUUGUAUUUUUUCAAAAUGGAUGAGCUAAUUAGAACUUAAAAGUUUGCUUUAAAAUAUGUUUAUGAAAGAUACAAUUCAAUUAUAAAAAUUAUUAAUCAUUCAUUAUUAUGAUAUAAUAUAUAUAUCUGGAUUAUGUUUUUGAUAUUACAUUACUGGAAUGUCAAUAAUGGUUAUUUUUUUAAAUGAAAUUACAAAAAUGUAUUUGGACUGAUAUUUUAUUACAGAUUACUAAUUAUAGAUUACUAAAUCUAUAAUGUAAGAUUUUUUUUCUUCUUCAAAUUGUGGGUAGGGGCACUGUUUAGAGAGGGUGGGGGUAUUAAUUGGAAACAAUAUGGUAUAUAAUGGGUUUUGCUCUGUUUCAAAUUUGGAACGGUUAAAUCAAAAUGUAAGGGAUCCACAUAACAAAAUUGAAAAAUUCAUGUAGCUACCAACUGAAAGAUUGAAAGAUCCUGACCAGACUGCACAAAUGGUUUUGUCCAUAUUAUUUAAGUCCAUCCUAGAUAUUUAGCAUGUUAAAAGUUCAACAAGUCACACAAGCCAAAUUAGUUUAUUUGUUUUAGUUGAUGACAAUUUUUGUUUUUUGAAUAUUGUUCUAAAUUUUCAUGUAAAAAAAGUAUAAAUCUGAAGGCAUGCUGAUUUAAUUAUUUAAAUUUUCAGACGUUGAUUUUGUCAACAUAAAAUAUCACUUAUAUCAUGUUGGUUUGAUCUUACAUAUUCAUUAUAAUGAUCUACUGUAUCUUGUGAAAUAAAAUUUAUGAAAAUAA